AUGAAGGCAUUGGAGUCUAAGAGCCGACUAAUGCAUGUCGUAAGCAAACUAUUGGCCAAAAACGGGGAAUUUGUUGCCUAUUAUGUGCGGACACCAGAUAUCAUGUCAAUGAUAACCAGCGAACAGAUAACUCAGUAUAAUAUUAAAUUAGAGACAAAGUCGGAAGAGAAACAGCUAGAUGAAAUGCGUCAAGCUUGUUCGGACAACGGCAUGCAAAUUACCAAGCUUAAUGUCGACGUUUAUGCAAACUAUUUGCACAAAUACAAUAUGAACCCCGAUUUAAAUGGCCCUAGCAACUUUGGUCCCGCAUUUCAGGUGGAGGACAAGACAUCGCCGGCGUUUGCAUUCAUGAAGAAUAUAAUGUUUGACAUAGCGUUACGUCCGGACGCGACUGCUCUUAACCCUCACGCUUACGACCAGAUGACCGACAAAUGGGACCCAAACGGACCCAUUGUUCCCAUCUAUGUUCACGGCAUUCACUUAAUGAGUUAUAAACUAUAA